UUGAUUUAUUAGAUUACAUAUCAUUGGCUCCCAUAAUUUGCAGUCACUGUGAAAAAUUAAACAUAAAACAGGCCCUUCUCCUUAAGGCGAAAAGACGCCAUCCACCAAACAAGGGCUAUUUAGUAAUGCCAAUUAAGUGACUUCUUUUUAACUCAAAGCACGCUUAAUGGAAAACUAAUGCAUAAGCAAGAGUACAUCGGGUAUUCGUGAGUAAUCGUCUUUAAAGGAUAUUUCGCCCGAUUUAAGGGAGUGAAGGUAUAAUAUUCAUAACAUCUCGUAUUAUAGCUAGGUUUGGAGCCUCGUACGGUCCCCCUCUGCCCCGAUCGCGUCCAGCCGUCGCCGACUCCGACUCCAUAGCUUCAGCAAGCCGCUGCGGCACUUCCGCUCCGUGAGGGAGAGACUAGAGACACGCGUCCAGGCGGCGGAGGCGCACAGACACAAAGAAAGGCUGUUGGCUCCCUUGCGUUUCGAGGGUGUUUGGAGGUCGGUAUGUCGGAUGAAGACUCGCGUGCCAGUACCAGUUCUUCAUCAUCCUCCUCAUCCUCGACUCAUCAAGACAGACACAGAGACACGCCUAGCAAGAAACGGGAGAGCAAAGGCAGUAUGAGCAAAAACUCCAAACUCCUGUCCACCAGCGCGAAAAGGAUUCAGAAGGAGCUGGCAGAUAUUACGCUGGACCCACCACCCAACUGCAGUGCGGGACCCAAGGGAGAUAACAUCUACGAGUGGAGGUCCACCAUCCUGGGACCCCCGGGGUCCGUGUACGAGGGGGGCGUCUUCUUCCUGGACAUCGCCUUCACGCCCGACUACCCCUUCAAACCGCCCAAGGUAAAGAGAGAAUCGGCCAGUGCAGAUGUGACAUUCCGCACGAGGAUCUACCACUGCAACAUCAACAGCCAGGGCGUGAUCUGCCUGGACAUCCUGAAGGACAACUGGAGUCCCGCCCUCACCAUCUCCAAGGUGCUGCUGUCCAUCUGCUCCCUGCUCACCGACUGCAACCCCGCUGACCCCUUGGUGGGGAGCAUCGCCACUCAAUACACAACAAACAGGGCGGAACACGACAGAACGGCCAAACAGUGGACCAAGAGAUACGCCACAUAGCCAGGACCCUGCGCGGCUCCCCAGGCAACCGCUCAGGGGCUGGUGGGGGUGGGGGUGGGGUGGGCUGGGGAGGGGUGAGGGGAUCGUUGUUUCAAAAUAGAAGUCCUGUUUCUUGCUAUUCUGGUGGCUCCCUUGUUAACUUAUGUUAGGACAAAUGAUUGAUGCGAUUUGGCAAUAAAGUGUCCUGGUUUGUUUUUAUUUCCUGUUCCGGCUGUUUUCCAGCUGAAUGUUACAUCUCCGCAUAGUGACCGCUUGUAAAAUGGUACGAUGGCAUGUUCCCUUGGCAACGCGUGUUUUCAGUGUGGACUUUUUAAUAAAGUAUCGGUUACAAAUGGUU